GGCGCCGAGCGGCAGCAACGCGCACUUCCUCUCCAGGAGUCCUCAGAGGGAGCGCAGGCUCGAAGAGCUGCUGGACGCAGAGGCCCUGCCCUUGGCAGACGGAGCAGAGAUGUCCGAACAAAGUAAGGAUGGGUGCGACCCCAACUUUGCACCCGAGGCUUCCAGCUGCGAGGUGCACAGCAUCCCGGAGGUUCCCGGGGGGGCCCCUCCAUCCCCGCCUGAGGCCGCAACCCUUGCGGAGCCCGAGAACCCUCCAGUAGGCCCGACCGACGCCCCUCUGGCCUCGCCGCCGCCCCAGGCCCCCAUGGAAGAGGGAGACCCCAAGGCCCUGCAGCAGGCCGCAGAGGAAGACCGCGCCCACCAGGCCCCGAACGCGGCCCAGCCGGGCCCCGCGCCGCCGGCUCCAGCCCAGCUGGUGCAGAAGGCACACGAGCUCAUGUGGUACGUGCUGGUCAAGGACCAGAAGAGGAUGAUCAUCUGGUUCCCAGACAUGGUGAAGGAUGUCAUCGGCAGCUACAAGAAAUGGUGCCGAAGCAUCCUCAGGCGCACCAGCCUCAUCCUCGCCCGCGUCUUCGGCUUGCACCUGAGGCUGACCAGCCUGCACACCAUGGAGUUCUCGCUCGUCAAGGCGCUCGAGCCCGAGGAGCUGGACAGGGUCGCGCUCAGCAACCGCAUGCCCAUGACGGGCCUCCUGCUGAUGAUUCUCAGCCUCAUCUACGUGAAGGGCCGCGGAGCCCGGGAGAGUGCCGUCUGGAACGUGCUGCGCAUCCUGGGGCUGCGGCCCUGGAAGAAGCACUCCACCUUCGGAGACGUGAGAAGGCUCAUCACCGAGGAGUUCGUCCAGCAGAAUUACCUGAAAUACCAGCGCGUCCCCCACGUGGAGCCGCCCGAGUACGAGUUUUUCUGGGGCUCCCGUGCCAGCCGCGAAAUCACCAAGAUGCAGAUCAUGGAGUUCCUGGCCAGGGUCUUUAAGAAAGACCCCCAGGCCUGGCCCUCCCGAUACAGGGAGGCGCUGGAGGAGGCCAGAGCCCUGCGGGAGGCCGGUCCCACUGCCCACGGCCCCCGCAGCAGUGUCUCCGAGGACUAGCAAGGUCUGGAGGCAGAGUCAUGGUUUCUGACCCUCCCCAGCGCGGUGGAGGGGCGGGGGUGGGACAUUAGAGUAUUCACGAUUUACAGUGCAGUAUUUCACGUGUAACUUUUCAGUUUUCAGUACUGUGCUUUUAUACCUUUUAAUGCAAUGUUGUAUUCAUUUCAGUACUAUCCUGUAGUGUGUAGAACGUAUGCAUGUUCGUUUAUAAGUAAGCUCGGUUGGUGCUUUCGCUUCUGUGCUCUACCUUUCUUGAAUUUUUGUACCAGAGACGUGCUAAACUUAUGAACUACAUUGAGAAAUUUUCCAUCUUAUUCUUUUAUAUGGGAGGGAAGAUGUGUCUUGGGGUGGACUGUGCCUGGAGAGUUGGGAAGAACUCGCCCGCAGAGCUGACCUGACAGCAGUGUCAAGGCCCUUGUCCCUAUGACCUCAUUGGGCACAGAAACGUCCCUGUGGAGAGUGGUGAUGUGAACUGAAGUGGUUUGGCACACUUUACUAAACACAAAUACACCCCCACCGUGAGUAAACUUUAAACAUUAAAGAUUCUUGUGAUACAAUCA